CUGAAACUUUUUUGGGAAAUCAGUGAAUUUAUAGUUUUUACUUUACUUAAGUGAUUUCUUAUUAGUUGAAAAUACUUUUUGCUUGAUAUCAACAUGGCUAAAGAAGUGAAAUCCUUAGAGGCUCAUGCUAUAAUUGGAUUUGAUGGGUCAGCAAUCAAAGGCCUGAAGGUCCACCCGGACGGGGAACACAUCAUCUACCCGAUGGGCAACAAGGUCUGCAUACAGCAUUGGAAGUCGAAGCAGAUGCACUUCCUUAGUGGGCACUCUAACAGUGUUUCUACUGUUGCUGUGUCAUUUGAUGGAAAAUACAUUGGUUCCGGACAAAUCAAUCACAUCGGAUUUAAAGCUUUGGUGAUUUUGUGGGAUUUCCAAAAGAAGAUUAAAAUUGGAAGCCAUGAGCUGCACAAGGUCCGCGUAGAAGCUUUAACCUUCUCAUCCGACGCCCGUUUCCUCAUUUCUCUCGGCGGUCGAGACGAUGGCGCCCUGGUGCUGUGGAACUGCGAGGCCGGAGCCGCCACCGCCACCGCGCCGGCUGCAAGACUGACGACUGGGGAUGCGACCUGUGCGGCCAGCCUUAAUAAGAGACCGAAUGCUUUUGUUACUGGCGGUGACUCAAAGGCAUGCGAACAUAAAAGUGAAUAUGAAUAUGAAUACGUCACCGCCACCACCCCGGCUGCGAGACUGACUACUGGGGAUGCGACCUGUGCGGCCAGCCUUAAUAAGAGGCCUAAUGCUUUUGUUACUGGCGGCGAUUCGAAUCUCCGCGUGUGGUCGAUGCACCCGGGUAGUUCUUCCCUAGAGGUGGUGGACGUGGCUCUGGGAAAGCUGCGCCGCUGUGUUCGCAGCCUUGCCAUCGCAGAUGAUGAUAGCAUCGGAUAUGCUGGUACCACGUCCGGCGACAUAAUAAAGUUCUCGAUCAACUAUCCGGCGGACCUCGCUGUUCCGGUGGACACGUGCAAGCCGGCGCUCAUUGGCUGCCUCGCCAAGUGCGGCCGGCAGAAGAAGAACCAGAAGCCGGAGGCCGUUUGUUAUAGUCAGGGUGUAGAAUCCAUACUCCUAAUGUCUGACGGGUGCCUGGUGGUGGGCGGCGGCGACGGCUCGGUGGACGCGCUGCGCGAGGGCGGCUGCAGGGCGGCGCCCAAGACCAGGCUGUGCCAGCCCACCGCGCCCAGCUACAAGGCCGUGAGUUUGAGACAGCCGCCAUCUUGUUCUCUCCCCGCGGUCGCUAGUGUAGGUACAAUACUACUAAUGUCUGACGGGUGCCUGGUGGUGGGCGGCGGCGACGGCUCGGUGGACGCGCUGCGCGAGGGCGGCUGCAGGGCGGCGCCCAAGACCAGGCUGUGCCAGCCCACCGCGCCCAGCUACAAGGCCCUAAGAAGCGUGAAGCUCCCGGGCAGCAUCACGUCUCUAGAGCUGAUGGAAUCAGACCAGAUGCAAGGAGACAACCGCAUCCUGCUGGCCGGGACUCGAACCAGCGAGAUCUACGCUAUAAACGUGAAGACGUUCGAGGCGAUACUCGUGGUGACGUGCCAUCGGUGCGCUAUCAAUGAUAUCGCGUUUCCUAAAGGAAUGUCAGGCGUAUUCGCGACCGCCGGCGCGGGGUCAGCACGCGUGUGGAGCGCGGCCUCGGCACAGGAGCUGCUGAGGAUAGAGGUGCCCAACUUCGUGUGCUCCGCCGUGCUGUUCACUGCCGACGGGAAGUCGCUGGUCACUGCAUGGAACGACGGCUGCAUCCGCGCCUUCACCCCGCUGACAGGGCGGCUCAUGUACUGCAUCCUCAACACACACAACAAGGGCGCGUCGGCGCUGGACAUGACCACAGAUGGCACCACUCUCGUCUCCGGAGGCUGCGAGGGGCAGGUCCGCGUUUGGGACAUAAAGCCUCAAUGCCAGACGCUCAAGAAGGUCCUAAAAGAACACAAGAGUCCCGUGUCGGCUAUACAGGUGUCGCCCAACAACUGUGAGGCAGUCAGCGCGGGGACAGACGGCAGCUGCAUCAUUUGGGACCUUAUUUCGCUAUCGCGGCGGCGCGUGCUGUACGCCAACACGCUGUUCUCGUGCGCGCGCUACGAGCCCGGCGGCUGCCAGCUGCUGACGGCCGGCUCGGACCGCCGCGUCGCCUGCUGGGAGACCGCCACGGGCACCCUGGCCAGGGAGGUGGGUGCUAUCUAUAGUGACUGCAGGAUUCUUAUUGUAGCUGAGUCUGGAUCGGAGCGGGAGCGGCUUAUAUUGAAUAUGAAUAUUAUCUCCCCGCGGCGGCGCGUGCUGUACGCCAACACGCUGUUCUCGUGCGCGCGCUACGAGCCCGGCGGCUGCCAGCUGCUGACGGCCGGCUCGGACCGCCGCGUCGCCUGCUGGGAGACCGCCACGGGCACCCUGGCCAGGGAGAAGCAGAGACCCCCCCCCAGCUCCCCGCGGCGGCGCGUGCUGUACGCCAACACGCUGUUCUCGUGCGCGCGCUACGAGCCCGGCGGCUGCCAGCUGCUGACGGCCGGCUCGGACCGCCGCGUCGCCUGCUGGGAGACCGCCACGGGCACCCUGGCCAGGGAGCUGGAAGCGAGUAAGGUGGGUGCGGUGAAUGGUUUGGACAUCUCAUACAACGGCGAGCUGUUUGCCACUGGCGCUAACGAUCAGAUGGUGAAGCUAUGGAAGUACCAGGAGGGCAUAUACACGCACACGGGCCUUGGGCACGCGGGCGCGGUCACCUGCCUGCGGUUCUCUCCGGACAUGCGGUACAUCGUCAGCUGUUGCGCGGCCGGCAGCAUCGUUAUAUGGAAGAUGCCGGCGGAAUAUAUUCCAAAGACGCCGCCACCUACGCCGGCUAGUGAAAUUUCGCUAAAACUACCUUCAGCGCCUUCUAAGGACGAAAAGAUAGAGAAGAUGAACACAUCGCGCAGCAGCGUGCACGCGUGCUGCCCGUGCGAGCCUCCGAAGAACCCGUCCAGGGCUUCGGUACAGAGCAGCGGAGACUCGGCCAAGUCUGGAGGCAGUAGGGGCAGCAAGGGCUCUGGAGGUAAUGACUGGUUUUGUGGCUAGAUUGUUGUGUUACUU